GAUAUAUCAAUAAUAGCAUGAUGUGAAGCAGAGUAUGGGAUGAUAAGAUUGCUCACCACACGUCUCUUAAUCUUUCGAAUGUCAUUCUCUUUUAUUUUGUUUCUUUCUCGCCUUCUCUUCACUCUUCAGCAUAAGCACAACCAUGCCGUCUUCAACCGAAACUCUCCUAGAACGUGCUCGUCCCUUCCUCCGCGGGGAGCUCCAAUCCAUCGAUGAAAACCUCCCUUCGCUUGUCGGCGUCCUGCAGAGCGUGGGCGCUGGAGAGUGCUGGCACAAACAUGGCAGCUUCCUUCACCACCUUCUCGAUAUAUAUCGCAUUCUCACCCUCUGGAAAGCCCCUCACUCCGUCUGCCUCUGCGGUCUCUUCCACUCAGCCUACUCCAACUCCUACGUCAACCUCGCCAUCUUCGACCCUUCAACUGGCCGUGAAGUUGUUUGCCGCCACGUGGGCCACCAAGCCGAGGCUCUCAUCAACUGUCGUGUGUAGUUCCCCGGCAGCCCUCAUCCACGACGACUUCUCUCAGUACUCCGAUCAAGAACUCGUGCAACACCUUGCCGAGUCAGAGAAUCACUCAGGAACGCCAAAGAG